UAUCCAAACAGUUACUAGUACACGUUUCUCUAUCGGGUCCAAUAUUUUGCAUGUUAACUCGUGCGCGAGUGUACAGUACAGAGUGUAUUCCCAAGUUUCUCAAUUACUUUAGCCCUGCGUACUAAUUAAAGUCUAUGUCUAACUGAAAACGUGAACUCAAGUCAAGAGACAUGGUUCGGUCCAAGCAUGGCUACCCGAGUAAACAGGGGUUAUACUCUCCGGAUCUCGAAAAAGAAGCUUGUGGUGUUGGAUUUGUGGCAAAGAUAAAUGGAGAAAGAAGUUACCAGGUGUUGUCUGAAGCACUUACAGUGCUGGAACGGAUGAAACACAGAGGAGCUGUUGGGUGUGAAGAGAGCUGUGGAGAUGGUGCCGGUGUCAUGACAGGAAUUCCACAUGCUUUCUAUGAACAAGUUAUACAAGAAAACAAACUUGGAUUCACAUUGCCCAUAGCUGGUGAUUAUGCAACUGGAAUUUUCUUUAUUGAUACAGAUCCUAACAAGGCCAAAGUAUGUGAAGACAUGUUUUCAGGACUUGCUAAGGAAUGCCAAAUUGAGGUCCUCGGUUGGCGGGAUGUGCCAUUUGACAACAGCAUGAUUGGAAAAACUGCAGUUGAAAGCCAGCCACUAAUCAGACAGGUGUUUGUGACAAGUUCACUUGACCAAGAAACAUUUAAAAAGCAGGUUUAUCUCUUGAGAAAAAUGGCUACAAAUAGAAUUGGCACAAAAAACCGGCGGUUCUACAUCUGUAGUUUAUCCUGUGACACCAUUGUUUACAAGGGAAUGUUAAAGCCAGACCAACUCCAAGGAUUCUAUUUAGAUCUGCAGUGUAAAGAUUAUCGGACCCAUUUUGCUUUGGUUCAUGGAAGAUUUUCCACAAACACAUUCCCCAGCUGGGAGAGGGCUCAUCCAAACAGAUAUCUAGCUCACAAUGGAGAGAUCAACACAAUAAGAGGAAACAUCAACAACAUGAACACAAGAGAAGGAACCAUGGUUAGCAAGUACUUUGGCAGCAACACCCAAAAGCUAUUUCCUGUAAUAGAAGCAGACUUGUCAGACUCAGGAAAUGUGGAUAAUGUUUUGGAACUUCUUGUCAUGGCUGGAGGACGUUCCCUCCCAGAGGCUGUUAUGACUAUGGUUCCUGAAGCAUGGCAAGGCAACAGUUUAAUGAAUACAGAAAAACAGGAUUUUUAUCGCUGGAUUUCCUGUAUGAUGGAGGCAUGGGAUGGACCUGCUUUGUUUACAUUUUCUGAUGGACGAUACAUUGGGGCUAUCCUGGACAGGAAUGGACUGCGCCCAUCAAGAUACUAUGUGACUAAACAAGGCUUCAUGGUCAUGGCAAGUGAAGUUGGAGUCAGUACAUUCCCUGAUCAAGAAAUUGUACAGAAGGGUCGUUUGCAACCUGGAAGAAUGCUUCUAGUGGACACAGAGUUGGGGUCUAUUGUGGAGGAUCAUGAGCUGAAACACAGAAUGGCCAGUCUGCGACCUUGCGGUGAGCUGCUGAAAAAUAAUGUGCGAACUUUGGAAGAUAUUCACCAAGCCUACCAAGCUUCAAAGAAUCUUUCUGCAGACAAAGUACCUUUGAUCCAGCCAUCCUCACAGAAUGAGUUAAUCCACAGAGACAAAAGACUGCCAAUGUUUGGUUAUUCCUUGGAAGAUCUGAACAUCCUAAUUCUGCCAAUGGUUAAAAACAAGAAAGAGGCUCUUGGUUCCAUGGGUAAUGAUGCACCCUUGUCCUGCCUGACAAUGCACCCACAGUUGGUAUUUGAUUACUUUAAACAACUCUUUGCGCAGGUGACAAAUCCUCCAAUUGAUCCAAUUCGUGAGAAAAUUGUCAUGUCACUGGCAUGCCCAGUUGGACCUGAGCCAAAUCUCCUUGACCCUGAUGUUUCAGACUGUCCACGUGUGUAUUUAGAACACCCAAUACUUUCUAAUGCUGAUGUGCAGGCAAUCAAAGAAAGUGGUCUAUCCUGGUGUAAGACACAGACUAUUGACAUGGUGUACCCUGUAAAAGAUGGAGUGAAUGGUCUUGUUCCAUCACUUGAUAGAAUUUGUAAAGAGGCAUCUGAAGCUGUGGAAAAUGGAUGUGCUUUUCUUGUGUUAUCUGAUAGAGCUGCUGGAAGGGAACAUGUACCUAUGAGUUCAUUACUGUCAUUGGGGGCAGUUCAUCAUCAUCUCAUCAGAAUGAAGCAAAGGUCACAGGUUGGACUGAUUGUUGAGUCAGCAGAGAUAAGGGAAAUCCAUCACUUCUGUGUUCUGCUGGGUUAUGGUGCUGAUGGAAUUUCCCCAUACUUGGUUUUCGAGACUGUUGUAAAUCAGCGACAGCAAGGUAUGCUGGAUCCUCCUCUGUCAGAUAAGGAAAUAGUUGAGAACUAUACUUUUGCUGUGAAAAAAGGUAUAGCAAAGGUCAUGGCAAAAAUGGGGAUUUCCACUUUACACAGUUACAAGGGUGCACAAAUAUUUGAAGCUGUUGGGCUUGCAGAGGAGGUGGUAGAUAAGUGCUUUGCAGGAACUGCAUCAAGAUUGAGUGGAGUGACAUUUGAAAUGUUAGCACAGGAGGCAUUGGACAAGCACAGUAUUGCAUUUUCUGACCGAGAAUGUGACAAUGUCCUCGUCAACAACAAGGGUGAGUACCACUGGCGGUUGGGAGGAGAAAAGCAUAUCAAUGAUCCUAGAUGCAUUGCAAACCUACAGGAUGCUGUAAGAAUGAAAAGCCAACCUGCCUAUCAAAAGUACAGUGAGACGUCCAUUGAAGUGGUACGUUCUUGCACCCUCCGAGGACAGCUGCAGAUUAAAUUUGCCAAGAAACCUCUGGACAUCUCAGAAGUUGAACCAGCUUCAGAGAUUGUCAAGAGAUUUGCAACAGGUGCCAUGAGUUUUGGUUCCAUUUCAUAUGAAACCCACACAACUCUUGCUACAGCUAUGAACAAAAUGGGUGGUAAAAGCAACACAGGUGAAGGUGGCGAGGAUCCAGUGAGAGGAAGUGACAACAACACCAGAUCUGCCAUCAGGCAAGUGGCUUCUGGAAGAUUUGGAGUGAAUGCAUGGUAUCUUGCAAUGGCAGAAGACCUGCAGAUCAAGAUGGCACAGGGAGCGAAGCCAGGUGAAGGUGGAGAAUUGCCAGGAUACAAGGUCUCCAAGCAUAUUGCUCAGACUCGCAAGUCUGUCCCUGGAGUUGGAUUGAUCAGCCCUCCACCUCACCAUGAUAUCUACUCUAUUGAAGAUUUGGCAGAGCUUAUUUACAACCUAAAAUGCUCCAAUCCUCAUGCUAGAGUCAGUGUGAAACUGGUAUCUGAAGUGGGCGUGGGUGUUAUUGCUGCUGGAGUUGCAAAGGGCCACUCUGAACACAUUGUUAUUUCUGGUCAUGAUGGUGGUACUGGAGCAAGCACAUGGUCAGGCAUCAAGCAUGCUGGGUUGCCAUGGGAACUUGGCCUCUCUGAAACCCAUCAAACACUUGUGCUGAACAAUCUGCGCCGAAGAGUCAUACUUCAAGUUGAUGGGCAGCUAAGGACUGGGCGUGAUGUGGUAGUCGGUGCUCUGUUGGGUGCUGAUGAGUUUGGAUUUUCUACUGCUCCGCUCAUUGCUAUGGGUUGUACCAUGAUGAGAAAGUGUCACUUGAAUACAUGUCCUGUUGGAAUUGCCACUCAGGACCCUGUACUGAGGAAGAAGUUUGCAGGCAAACCAGAGCAUGUUAUCAACUUCUUUUUCAUGCUGGCUGAAGAGGUUCGUGAGUAUAUGGCUAAAAUGGGCUUCCGCAGAUUGAGUGAGAUGGUCGGACGAUGUGACUAUCUAGAGCCUGCAGACCCUCUCAAUGAAAAAGUCAAGUUAUUGGACUUUAGUGCAAUCCUUAUGCCUGGUAAUGAGUUGAACCCUGGAGAUCACUUGGGAGGAAGUGAGCCUCAAAAUCACAAGCUGGAGCUACGCAAGGACAACCAGCUCAUUGAGGCUGCUAAAGACAUUCUAAAUGGCGCUUCGAAGCAUUUGCGUCUUGAUGUUCCUGUAAUGAACAUGGACCGAGCUUUUGGAACCACUCUCAGUUACCACAUUGCAAAGAAAUUUGGCGAGAAAGGUCUCCCUGAUGGCACGAUACACAUCAAAACCCGAGGCUCUGCAGGUCAAAGUUUUGGUGCUUUCCUUUCUCCUGGUUUAACACUGGAACAUGAAGGUGAUUCAAAUGACUAUGUGGGCAAGGGUUUAGCCGGAGGCAAGAUAAUAGUAUAUCCAAGCAGUAAACGUCCUGAGAACUUCAAAGCUGAAGAAAACAUUAUUGUGGGAAACGUUUGCUUCUACGGUGCCACUGCCGGAAAGGCCUUUAUAAGGGGUAUUGCUGCCGAGCGAUUUUGUGUCCGGAAUUCUGGAGUGACAGCAGUUGUGGAGGGUGUUGGUGAUCAUGGCUGUGAGUACAUGACUGGAGGUGUUGCAGUUGUUCUUGGUGACACUGGUCGAAACUUUGCUGCUGGAAUGUCAGGAGGAAUUGCUUUUGUACUUGACAGAAAGAAGGUCUUCUCCACAUUGUGUAACCAGGAGAUAGUUGACCUGGAGCCUGUUGUAGGAGCAGAUGCCGAGCUGGUCAGGGGACUGGUGCGUGAGCAUCAUCAGCUGACUGGUUCGUCGGUGGCCGAACGUCUUCUGGAAGACUGGGAAAGCUCGUUGAAGAUGUUUGUGAAGGUGAUGCCUCGUGACUUCAAAAGAGCUCUGGAACAAUUAAAAGAGGAGGAAGCUGAGAAACUCAAGAACGAAAAUCGCAUGGAAGAGAACGGUGAGAAUGCAAAUGGAGAGAAGACAAACGGAGAAAAAACAAAUGGAGAGAAGACAAACGGAGAAAAAACGAACGGAGAGAAAACAAAUGGAGAAAAAAUGAAUGAAGAUAUGUCAAAUGGUGUUAAGCAAGAAGAUUCACCUCCCCCAGUGAAGAAAUCAGCAGAGCAGAAUUUAGUUGAUAUAGAAGAGGCUAUCUCUGAUACAACCAACGAUCAGAAGAUUAUCGACAGAGUGCUGGACAAAACCAGAGGGUUCGUGAAGUACUCCAGAAGCAAAGUGAAGUACCGCUCCCCCAGACAGCGAAUGAAGGAUUGGAACGAGAUUUACUACAACAAAGGGAAAUCGGAACUAAAAGUACAAGCUGCCAGGUGUAUGGAGUGUGGCGUGCCUUUCUGUCAGUCUCACACUGGGUGUCCUCUCGGAAACAUCAUCCCAAGAUGGAACGACUUGGUUUUCCAGGACAAAUGGAAGGAGGCCUUAGACCGACUUUUGCUCACCAACAACUUUCCAGAAUUUACUGGAAGGGUCUGCCCCGCGCCCUGCGAGGGCGCUUGUGUACUGGGAAUCAAUGCAGAGCCAGUGACAAUCAAGAAAAUCGAGUGCACCAUCAUUGACUAUGGAUUUGAACAAGGAUGGAUUACACCACAGAUUCCAGUUCGUCGAACUGGGAAGAAGGUCGCUAUUGUAGGAAGUGGACCCUCAGGAUUAGCAGCCGCGGCACAACUAAACAAGGCUGGGCACUGGGUAACAGUUUACGAGAGAAACGACAGAUGUGGAGGUCUGUUGAUGUACGGUGUACCACCCAUGAAGCUAAGUAAAAAGAUUGUGCAACGUCGCCUGGACCUGAUGGCAGCUGAGGGAAUCAAGUUUGUUAAUAACGUGGAGAUUGGAAAGAAUAUGGAUGCGCAACAACUGUUACAAGAAAACGACGCUGUUCUGCUGGCUGUGGGCUCUACAUGUCCACGUGACAUUCCACUCCCAGGACGUGAUUUGGAAGGAAUCCAUUUUGCCAUGCAGUUUUUGGAAACAUGCCAAAAGAGGCUCAUGGGAAACUAUAACCUGCCAUCCCUUGAUGCCACUGGACUUGAUGUUGUUAUUAUUGGUGGAGGAGAUACUGGGGUAGAUUGCAUUGGAACUUCCCUCAGACAGAAUGCUAAGAGCAUCACAAAUUUCGAAGUGUUAGGCCAGCCUCCCAAGAGUAGAACUUCUACCAACCCAUGGCCUCUCUGGCCGCGAGUGUUCAGAGUGGAAUAUGGCCAUGAAGAGGCCUCUCUCAAAUAUGGUGCAGAUCCUCGUGUCUUCAGUAUCAUGAGCAAGGAAUUCAUGGGAGACGAGCAAGGCCACGUUAAAGGAAUUAAAACAGUUCAGAUCAAGUGGGUCCAGGAUGUUACUGGAAGGUGGACAAUGGAGGAAAUACCUAACUCGGAAAAAGUGUUCCCAGCGGAUAAAGUGAUCAUUGCAGCGGGAUUUUUAGGUCCCGAAAAAACAUUGGCAGAACAGUUUGGGAUAAAGAAGGAUCCCAGAAGCAAUUUUGCCACCGAAAAGAACAAAUUUCUGACCAGUGUUCCCAAAGUCUAUGCUGCAGGAGAUUGUCACCGCGGUCAGUCACUGAUUGUGACAGCCAUAUCUGAAGGACGACAAGCGGCUCGUCAAAUUGACCUUGAUUUGAUGGGUGAAACCUCAUUGGCGGGUCCGGGGGGACAGAUACAUGUUAUUCAACCCCGCUCCUCUGGAAUAAAAGCGUCUGCUUAAAAAAAGUUUAACAAAAAUCGCCCAGCAAUUCCUUGCAUGUUGCCGUCACCUAAGCAAGGUUGCAACGGGCUGUUUUUACCCUCUAAACAGAUUGUCCUUUUAACGUAAUUUAGUUUAAAAUUUAUCACGAAAAUAAUUUAUCUCUUUCGAAUUCGAGCAGGAGGUUUUCAAUUUAGAUUUUAACGUGUUAGAGAAAAAGUGUUCGUAGAUUGAAGAAUAAAAAAGUGAGAAAACGUAAAAAAAGUUCUUUACUUAAUGUCGAAGCCAAGAGGACAUUUAUGUCGUUGGUACUGGGAUAUUUAUUUAUGUUAUCUACGCGCCAAUAUUAUCAAUGUUAUUAAUUUAUUUUCUCAAUGAAUGUCACGUAAUAUUAAUAUAUAAAUGUGUUUGAGGCUUAAGACGAAUAAGUUAUUAAUCAUAAAAGUUUUAUGUGCUAGGUCUCGGUUUAAAUUAACUUUUUAUCUUAAUAAAUGAACGGUAUGUGCUUCCAUUCGUGUAAUAGUACAAAUUUAAGUACCUCAGAUUAUGAAAGUGUUGGUAGUUAGAGGAACACAAAAUGUUCCGUGGUUUUUUAAAAGUAUUCUUAGAAGUGCUCCGGUGAAGUAAACUGACUGACGUACCUUAAUUUAAUUGUGCCAUUAUGUCGAGGAGCUUCUUAAAAGGGAUUUGGAAUAAAUUUAGGCAGAAAUGGUG